AUGCAAAUUCAAUUGGCCGACCUCCUGCCUCUGCGCGGUUGUGUCUACCGAUCUGGCGCGAAGCGCUGCACGGCGGAGCCGUGCCCGAGGGUGGCGCUCUUGCGCGCGCCGGACGGCGAAGCCGUGCACCAGGAGGUCAUGAAUGUGAUCCUUGUGCACGUGUGCUACGGCGGCGGCAUUGCCAUCGCUGUUGCAUCAACUGGCCCUGCAUCGCUCUCGCUACGUGGCAGUCGCACAGCGCACUUCAAGAUACUGCUCCGCCUAUCCGAGGCCAUCAUUUUCUACGUGCGCAAACAAGACACGAUCUUGCUGCACCUUUGA